AUGACCACGCCCGACUGCGGCGAACCCGCCGGCGACAGCAUCGUCGCCCACAGGCCCACCGAGACAGACAUGCGGCACUACUACGAGAACUUCGUGCCCUUCAACCUGCUCUUCCAGUGGCUGGCGCACGCCCGCGUGCCCACCGACGACUUCACGCACCGCGAGUUCGCCUUCGAGCACCAGAACGGCGCCUACCAGCGCUACCUGUCCUUCCAGGACGCCGCCGAGUUCAAAAACAAGGUGGUGCGGGCCAACCCGACCCGGUUCGAGGUGGGCGCCGUCUACUCGGUCGAGCCCAAGAACCGCAAGACCGUCGCCAAGAGCCUCAUGCGGCCCCUGGCCAAGGAGCUUGUGCUCGACAUCGACCUCACCGACUACGACGACGUCCGCACCUGCUGCCGUGGCACCGCCAUCUGUCGCAAAUGCUGGAAGUUCGUCACCCUCGCCGUCGCCGUCGUCGACGCGGCGCUGCGCCACGACUUCGGCGUGCGCCACCGCGUCUGGGUCUUCUCUGGCCGACGCGGCGUCCACUGCUGGAUCAGCGACCCGCGCAUGCGCGCGCUGCGCGAAAACGGCCGACGCGCCUUUGUGGAGUACCUGGACGUGCUCAGCGGCGGCAAGAAGAGCCGAGCCGCCGGCCCCAACAGCGGCGUCUACGGCAUGAAGAAGCCCUACCACCCGCACGUGGAGCGCUCCCUGGGCCUGCUCAAGACCCACUUUGUCGACGUCGUGCUCAAGGAGCAGGGCACCUGGGACGCCCCGGACGCCGCGGCCGCGCUCGCCAACACCAUCCCGGACCUGCGCCUGCGCCAGGCCCUGCUGGCGCGCUGGCGCGCACACCCGCACACCACCAGCAUGGACCGCUGGCUGGACGUGGGCACGCUCUACGCCGACCUGGCCGUCGCGUCGUUUGAUCUUGUGGACUGGCGCAAGGAGACCAUUCUCGCCACCCUGUACCCGCGGCUGGACGUCGAGGUGACGCGCCAGCCCAACCACUUGUUGAAGGCGCCCUUCUGCGUGCACCCGGGCACGGGCCGCGUGUGUGUGCCCUUCGACCCGGCUGUGCGUGACUUCGACCCGUUUGCCGACGCCCCGAGUGUCCACGGGCUGUUUGCGCAGGACGAGCUGCAGUGGCGCAACACGGGGCUGCGUCCCGGGGUGGAGCUGUUCCGGGCGUACGUAAGCGGGCUGCUGAAGGACGAGCCGCGCCGCAAGCGCGCGCGCGGCAGCGGGGACGAGGCCGAGGCCGAGCCCGAUGGCGAUGAGCCGUCGCUGGAGUUUUAG